ACCAAUCUAUCUUUCUCAUAAAUACAACACCUUCCCAUUCCUCUGUUUUCCAUUCACUCUCCCUAACACUCCAAAUUCACACCACCAUUCUUAUUCUUCCUCUAAUCUCCAAAACGGCACCGUAUCAACAAACCGUUAUAACAAACUCUGUAACAAACUUUGUAACAACUUUGUUUUUAAUUUUUUUUCUUCAAUGAAGGUAUUUCUCUUAGUUUUCUUUCUUCUUUACUUACAUUUUCUCUUCACCUUCACACUUUCUCUCUCCUCCGAUGGUCUUGCACUUCUCUCUCUAAAAUCCGCGGUUGAUCAAUCCGGCGACGGAGCUUUCUCUGACUGGAACGGUGGUGAUUCUUACCCCUGCGGUUGGUCCGGAAUCUCCUGUGCGAAUAUUUCUGGUGUCCCGGAGCCGCGUGUCGUCGGAAUUGCUCUUGCAGGGAAGUCUCUCCGCGGUUAUCUUCCUUCGGAGCUCGGUACACUUCGAUAUCUUCGUCGUCUUAAUCUUCAUGAUAAUGAAUUCUACGGUGUUGUUCCAAUGCAGUUGUUUAAUGCUACUGCACUUCAUAGUAUUUUUCUUCACCGGAAUAAUCUCUCCGGUCCGUUUCCGGCUUCUGUUUGUAGCAUUCCACGUCUCCAGAAUCUCGAUCUCUCGGUUAAUUCCUUUUCCGGCAACAUUCCUGAUGAUGUUAAGAAAUGUAAGAAUCUUCAGCGGCUUAUUCUAGCAAGGAACAAGUUUACCGGCGAGAUUCCGGCCGGUGUAUGGUCGGAACUCGAUAACCUCAUCCAACUCGACCUAUCUGCUAAUGAUUUCAAAGGUUCGAUCCCAGACGAUAUUGGCGACCUUGUUUCCCUCUCCGGCACUCUGAAUCUCUCGUUCAACCACUUUUCCGGUCGAAUUCCGAGCUCACUUGGGAAAUUACCUGCCACCGUAAACUUCGACCUACGAAACAAUAACCUGAUCGGGGAGAUUCCACAAACGGGAACUUUUUCAAACCAGGGCCCAACUGCAUUUCUCGGUAACAAAAACCUGUGCGGACUUCCACUGAGGAAAUCCUGCACAGGUUCCGACUCGUCUUCUCACAAAGACGAGUCAGGUAACCGUUCGAAAGGGUUGAGCCCUGGUUUGAUUAUUUUGAUCUCAGCAGCUGAUGUUGUUGGGGUUGCGCUUGUUGGACUAUUGAUUGUUUAUGUUUAUUGGAAGAGGAAAGAUGAUGAAAAUGCAUGUAGUUGCAUAAGGAAAAGAAGAUUUGGUGAUGAGAAUGAUAAUGAGAAAGGGAAUUCUUGUACUUUACUUCCAUGUAUGAAUGGUUCGAAGAAUGAAGAAGGUAAUGAUGAGAGUGAAGUUGAGGGAGAUGGAGGGAAAGGAGAAGGUGAACUGGUGACAAUUGAUAAAGGUUUUAGGAUUGAGCUUGAUGAGCUUUUGAAGGCAUCAGCAUAUGUGUUGGGGAAGAGUGCAUUAGGGAUUGUGUAUAAGGUGGUGCUUGGAAAUGGCAUGCCGGUCGCGGUGAGGAGAUUAGGGGAGGGUGGAGAAGAGAGGUAUAAGGAGUUUGUGGCUGAGGUGCAAGCAAUUGGGAAGGUGAAGCAUCCUAAUAUUGUGAGGUUGAGAGCUUAUUAUUGGGCUCAUGAUGAAAAGCUUCUCAUUAGUGAUUUCAUCUCCAAUGGCAAUUUGGCCAAUGCACUUCGAGGUAGAAAUGGCCAACCAUCUUCAAACCUUUCAUGGUCAACAAGGUUAAGAAUUUCAAAAGGAAUAGCAAGAGGCUUAUCCUAUCUUCAUGAGUUUAGUCCUAGAAAAUUUAUCCAUGGUGACAUAAAACUCACAAACAUCCUACUUGACAACGACUUACAACCCUACAUUUCCGAUUUCGGUCUCAACCGACUAAUCAGCAUCACAGGAAACAACCCUUCAAUCGGUGGAUUCAUGGGCGGAGCACUGCCUUACAUGGCAAAAACAUCACACAAAGAUGUUAACAGAACGAAUAACAGGUUGUCAUUAGACAACAGUCGUGGUAGUAACAAUUACAAAGCUCCCGAGGCUCGUGUGCCCGGGUGUAGACCAACGCAGAAAUGGGAUGUUUAUUCAUUAGGCGUUAUUUUGCUUGAGUUGUUGACCGGGAAAUCUACGGAAUCUUCUCCCACGUCCGCGUCUUCAUCGGCUUCUGUUGAAGUUUCUGAUUUGGUUAGGUGGGUGCGAAAUGGAUUUGAUCAAGAAAGUCCAUUGUCGGAAAUGGUUGAUCCGUCGCUGUUACAAGAAGUUCGCGCUAAGAAAGAGGUUUUGGCUGUGUUUCAUGUCGCACUUGCUUGUACCGAAGGUGAUCCUGAAGUUAGGCCUAGAAUGAAAACUGUGUCUGAAAAUCUUGAAAGAAUUGGAAGGUAAUAACUGAAUUGAAUGUUAGGCGGAAUCACGAAAAGUACAUUAUUGUUGUGAUUUUGUCAAACUCGGUGUCGAUUCAAAGAUGCAGAGGGGUUACAUUGAUCCAGAAGAAAAGAAGCUUCAAUCUGAGCUGCAUUUUGGUGGGAAUUAACAGUGAGAAGAUUUUGUGCUAGGCAAAGAAAUGAGGCUGCAAAAUGCAAAUAUUUUUCUUUUUCAUCUUUGGAUUAAUUUAGCAAUUUAAGUUGUGGUUUGUAAUUCAUGUAAAUUUUUGAAGAGCUGUAAUUAUCUCGGUCUCAUUUCAUUCAAUUCUCAUUUUAAUCUUGUUUGAUAAAAAUUAAAAUUAUUAAAGUUGUUUGAUAAAUUUGAUAACUUUGAGCGCAAGUGCAGAUACUAA